GUUCCGUAUCGACGGUCAUAUCCGCGGGGGGUAAGUAGCAAGGGCUGCAACUUGCAAGUGAUAUGGCCGCCGCGCCCGCAAGCCCGACGUCCGAUCUCAGCUUGGAACGAGAUCAGUACCGCCUCGAAGUCCAACGGGCGCUCGAAGAGGACGCCGACCCGCUCGCCGCCUACGAACGCUUCGUCAAAUGGACCGCCGAUGCCUACCGUGGCCGGCCCAACUCCGAGUCGCGCUUCACCGAGCUCCUGCACGAGGUCACGCACAAGUUCAAGGAGGAUGCGGCGUACCGGACGGACCUGCGGUACCUGCAGAUGUGGAGCUUGUACGCGAGCCGCUUGCCGAAGGAGAAGCAGGCGAAGGUGUAUCGGGGUUUGGUGAAGGCGGAGAUCGGCGUGCCGUACGCGCAGCUGUGGGAGGAGUUUGCGAGCAUAUUGGAGCGAGAUGGGCACCAUGCCAAAGCGGACGAGAUAUACCGCAUGGGCAUCACGCGCCGCGCCCGACCGCUCGAACGCCUCAAGAAGCGAUACGCAGACUUCCUCGCAAGGCAUAACAAGACGAAACCGGUUCCGUCGUUCGCACACUCGCCAUCAUCCACCUCCACGUCCGCCGCUACACAUGCGCCCUCAACCUCGACCUCCGCCUCCGCCUCCGCCACCUCGACCCUCAUCCUUACAUCCACGACGCGCACCGAACCACCCCUCUCCCUCCACGGCCACAACCGCUACGCACCUCUCCUCACGCCCAACCCUCCCGGCCGGCGCCCGGAGCGGCUCAUGUGCGACCUCUCGCUCAUCUGGGACCCCGCCACCCAAUCCGAAUGGUCCUUCGCCGAGGCCCGCGCGCGAUCGCAAGGCUUGCUCAACAAGAAGUGGCCGCCGCUCGUCUCCGACGCCUCCGCGACCAGCACCAGCGGCGGGCGCGAUACGACCGUUAAAGUGCACUUCGCCGACGGCGGCAAGAACGCGACGAGGACGGGCGGCGGCGCGCGCAAGAGUCUGGCGGCGGAGCCGACGGUCACGAUCAACACGAAGGAGGCGCUCGCGGACGUGUUCGGGAUGUACAACUCGCCCGAGAAGAGUAUGCGAUUAGGGCCGGCCGCGGGGAGCAAACACGCACCGCUGAAGAAGAUCGAACCUCUCACUCCGGGGACGUUGGCGCCUCCGCCGUUGACGCGGAGCCACAGCGCGUCAUCUGUCCCCGACCCGAAGACGCCAGGCUCAAUCAGGCCGUUCGUGGACGAGAACGAACAUGCACACACAACGCCCGCGCCCGUGAAGACUCCGCUCUCGUUCCGCCCGUUCGUGGACAACGCUGAGAACGAGGUGCCUGCCACUGCGAAGACGCCCGGACCCAGCGAUCCGCACACGGUUGUUCGGACCCAGAGUGACGAGAACGCACAUGCGAGAACGCCAUUCCGACCCUACGUCGACGGCGCCGAAAAUCCACCAUUGAAGACGCCGUCUUUCAAACCUUUGCAUGAUGCGGCUGCCGACGAGAACGGGGGAGGGCAGGGUAUCACGCCCGGCCCGACGCUGCUCAAGUUCCAGCCCUUCGUCGACGGUGCGCAGCCCAACCGUACUCCGGCAGCGGUCUUCACGCCCGGCGUUCGUCGCGCGUUGGCGGAGAAGACCGCCGAGCCUACCCCGAGACCAAACUCGGAACAAGACGGCGACGGCGCGAACGCCGCCUCGGAGAACUGGCCCAAGACCCCAGCCGGCGGGGGCGUGUUGUUCUCGCGCGGUCCAGGAACGGCCGCCGUCUUCACCCCCGCUCCGGCGUCCGCCGCCGCCGCCCCAACGAGCAGCGGCGCUCAUCCCAAGCCAGGCCCGCUCGGCGACGUGUUCAGCGCGCCCCCGGCAGCAUCCGGCCCGAAGACUCCCGGCGCAUUCACGCCGUUCGCGGACACGCAGACGCCCUUCAAGGUCUUCGUCAGGCCUGGCGCCGGCGUGCCGAAUGGCGCCAUGCCGACGCCGACGCCGGUCUGUGGGGCAUUCAGGCCCUUGAGGCAUCGGGAGGAGGAGCAAGAGAAUGCGCCGGUCGCCACCGCGGCCGUCGAGGAGCCAGAGCCGGAAGAUCCGCCGACGGUGACGAUCACCCAGGACCCUACCCGUCCUCCCGGCUUGGGCGCCAUUCGCGAAGAUGACGAGGAGGAGGAGCGCUCCGAGUCUCCUCCGGAAGGAGAGGCCGACGUCGGAAUGUUCGUCAAGGGCCAUGAUCACGACACGGACACGACGGAGUCGGAGACCGACGGCUCGCAGGAUCACCAUGUCGAGUUCACCCCUCUGGACGAGCCCGAGACGGAGGAGGAUUCGAUGAUGGAGGAUCCUCCGGCAGAGUACGCCCGAGCGGAAACCUCUGGGGAUCAGAGCUACGAAGGGCCCGAGACGCCAGACCUGCACCCGGCGGAGUAUGACGAAGAAGAGGAAGAGGGGCGGCACGCGGUGCUGCAGCCGCUGGGCCGCUUCGGCGCGUUCACGGUGAUGACGCCCGUGAUGGAGCGCACGUUCGAGUUCACGAUGAGCGCGCAGCUGGAGGGAACGCCGCUGGGGCACGUCGAAGGGCGGAUAUUGGAGGGCUUGGACGAUCAGGCGGUGACGGAGGUGUCGGACCUGUUGACGAGGGAUCUGCGUCAGACGAGCGGGAACGGGAACGCCUUGGGGUUGGAGGACGUGCACGGAGAGGACAGGCCAUACGCCAGCGCCGGCGACGAGGAUGCGGGGGCAGACGAUGCCGUUCCAGCGUCCACAUCGUUCGUGGCCGUGUCUACGCUCCCGGAGCCGUGCAAUCCCUUCGAUCCGCAGCGCUUGGCGACCUUGAUGUCCCUCAUACCAGCGGUCCCUGGAUACCACGACCUGAAGCGUGACGACGCGCACCUCCUCGAUGGCCUCCAGAAGUUCGCCAAGAAGCUUGGACAAUCGAGCAGUUCGGCCUUGGCUGCGCCGUACUUCCGCUUCGAGAUCGAAGGCAGGCGCUUCGGGGUUUACGACAAGCUCGGCGAAGGGGGUUUUGGGGCCGUCUUCGCCGCGAAGGACCUUACGGAUCUGCCCGUGAACGAGGACAUGGAGGAGGAAGAUGACGAGGACGAAGAAGACGAGGCGCCGAGGUUCGCGCUCAAAGUCGUUCGGCCGCGCAACGUCUGGGAGUACCAUGUCCUCCAUCGCCUGCACGCCGUCCUGCCCGACCAUCUCCGCCGGUCCGUGAUCGUGCCACACGCGCUGUACGCCUACCGCGACGAGAGCUUUUUUGUCAUGGACCUAUGCGCACAGGGGACGUUGCUGGACAUGGUGAACCGCGCGGCGGAGACGGGCAUAUCGCGCCAGGGCGCCUGCAUGGACGAGCUCCUCAUCUUCUUCUUCACGAUCGAGCUCAUGCGACUCGUGGAGGGCAUGCACCGCGCCGGGUUCGUCCACGGAGACCUGAAGAUCGACAAUUGCCUGAUCAGGCUCGAUCCGGUACCGGGGGGCGACGCGAACCUGGCCGGCACCUAUCGCCCGGACGCGGACGGGUGGCUGCAUAAAGGCAUCAAGCUCAUCGACUUCGGACGGACGAUCGAUACCAGGCUGUUCCCCGCCGGCCAGGCGUUCGUCAGCGACUGGAACACGGACGCCAGAGACUGCCGGGAGAUGCGGGAACGACUGCCCUGGACGUUCCAGCCCGACUAUCACGGCCUGGCCGACAUCGUCUAUUGCAUGCUGUUCGGCAGAUACAUGGACGACGCGUCGUUGAGCCACGCGGCGUCUCCCGGGGAGCGCGUGAAGCUGGCGACGCCGCUGAAGCGGUACUGGCAAAUCGAUCUCUGGAGCAGGUUGUUCGAUCUCCUGCUCAACCCCUCGCUCGCUGGGGAGUUGCCGCUCUGCGACGAGCUUGCGGAGCUGCGGCAAGAGAUGGAGAUCUGGCUGGAAGCCAACAGCAAUCGAUCCGGCGUCACCCUCAAGUCCUUGCUGAAGAGGAUAGAACGCGCGUGCACCGCUCAACGGUGACGAACGCCCCCCUCCCCAUUCGGCGUCGCUGUCCAUUCGCUCUUUUUAUUGAAUUUUUUUCUUUUUAAUGAUAGCAUAUAUCCUACGAUUCUUUCGCAACACUGAUUGUAUAUCUGCC